GAGCAUAAACAAGAAGAGAAGACUGGGAUUAGGAUGCCGUUGCCGCCCGCUUGUGUGUGACGGUGGGCUGCCUUGUUGAGCGCUCGCAUGCCGCCUCCGCCUCUCCAUCUCCCUCCCAUAUUCUCUCCUUUGCGCACUCUAUCUUCCCCUUGCUCUUGAUCUGUCACUAGUUCUCUCUCUCUUUUUCUCUCCCUCUCACUGUUCUAGUCGGGCUACUGCAGCAGUCCACCAGCCAGCCAGCCAGCCAGCCGCACACAUGGCCAACUGACACAACUUACUACCUCAGCCAGCCCCGGUUGAGGAAAACUACGCAAGAGACGAGGAGGACCUUGGAACGGAGAGACAAGCCCUUGAUUGUCGUUUCCGGACACGGAUCUGACUUUGUCACACGUCCGUCCGCUUUUUCUUUGCUUUUGAGGACAAGAGCGUUCCCUCUCGCGUACUCUUCAACAGCCUUUUGCCAAGCUCCGACAGCGCAGCGCAUCCCCGUUCUACAAAUGAUAACCCUCCUCACCACGCUCUACCCCCUUGCACCAGCAUCUCACCCACCACCACCCCCACCUCCCUCAGGAGGAAUAGACGGAUUACUGCUAACUGUGCACACGGCAGCCUGCAGCUGCUCUGACCGGGGCCAGCCCGACGCUGGGAGGAAGCAAGAGUAGCGCAGAGAAAAGGAAAAGAGGAAGAGAGGAGGAGGAGGAGUGGGGUUGCGAUUGCGCCCGGACUUCUUCAGCUAUUUCCUGUCUUUCAGUCUCUGUCACAACAGGGCUAAUCACCAGACGAGAAGCCCUCGGCAAAGUCACACUGAGGGAGGUCUCGUCAUCAAACCGGGCAAUCUUUACUUGAUGAAAAUCACCAUGGAGCAAUUUUGCGUCUGGGAGACUCGGGCCUGAUCGGGUGAGCUGUGGAAUUGCCGAUUCGCGCAUCCGGCAAGAAUUUUUGGCCUUACCUGGGACCCUUAGCCAAUCAAGGGCCAUCGAAUCUUGCCACGCUGACCCAUGGACGAACUUUAUCAAUCAAUGAGACGAAAAUGAUUCCCAAUCUAAUAAGAUCUUCCUGUACUGUCGAUGGAACUCGGGAGCCUCGAGUUGCUCCAGCCGGGCUAGGGUGAUCCAACCUCUGGUGUGUGCCGUCUCCCCCCGCCAUGCAGAAUAAUGUGCCCUCCACAUCAUGAGUCCUUUGGGCCAGGUUAGUGUGCAGCCUACCUGGAACGCAGCCCUGUUUGCCGUGCUGUCCCUCAUGGUACCUGCCCUCAGUAUGUGCCAGUCCAGCAGCCCAGCACUGGGCUCAGCCAGCUCGCAGAGCUGUCCAGGCAUGUGCUCUUGCACCAACCAGCUCAGUAAGGUGGUGUGUACUCGCAGAGGCCUGGUUCGGGUUCCUCCUAACAUCCCAGCCAAUACCAGGUACCUUAACCUGAUGGAAAACAGCAUAGAGACCAUUCAGGCUGACACUUUCAGGCAACUGCAUCACCUGGAAGUGCUGCAGUUGGGGAGAAACAAUAUCAGGCAGAUCGAGGUGGGGGCCUUCAACGGCCUGACCAGUCUUAACACUUUGGAGCUGUUCGACAAUAGGCUGACAGUCAUACCAAGCGGGGCUUUUGAGUACUUGUCAAAACUAAGAGAAUUGUGGCUGAGGAACAAUCCCAUCGAGAGCAUCCCGUCUUACGCCUUCAAUCGUGUCCCAUCGCUCAUGAGGCUCGAUCUCGGAGAACUGAAAAAGUUGGAGUACAUCUCCGACGGGGCGUUCGAGGGUCUUCAGAAUCUCAAGUACCUCAACUUGGGGAUGUGCAACCUUAGGGAAUUCCCUAAUCUUUCACCACUGGUAGGUUUGGAGGAGCUUGAAAUAUCAGAGAAUGUUUUCCCUGAACUCAAACCCGUUGCCUUCCACGGGCUGAAGAAUUUACGCAAGCUAUGGAUUAUGAACUCGGCCAUCACCGUCAUCGAGAGGAACGCGUUUGACGACAUCACAGCACUGGUGGAGUUGAACCUGGCUCAUAAUAAUCUGUCGUCUCUUCCGCAUAAUCUUUUCACGCCGCUGCAGUACUUAGUGGAGCUCCAUCUGCAUCAUAACCCUUGGAAAUGUGACUGUGAUGUAGUCUGGCUCUCUUGGUGGCUCAGAGAGUACAUUCCCACCAAUUCCACCUGCUGCGGACGCUGCCACAUCCCAGGCUACAUGAGGGGUAGAUACCUAGUGGAGGUGGACCAGACCACGUUUCAGUGCUCAGCGCCGGUUAUACUCGACGCUCCGAGAGAUCUGAACAUCUCUGCAGCGAGGGUGGCGGAACUGAAGUGUCGCACGGCUUCCAUGAGCUCCGUCAGAUGGCUCCUCCCCGGCGGGACGAUCCUGACGCACGGCUCGGUUCACCCACGGAUAUCAGUCCUCAACGACGGAACCCUAAACUUCUCCAACGUUCUGCCGUCAGACACGGGGGUCUACACUUGCAUGGUGAGCAACAUGGCAGGGAAUUCAAACGCCUCGGCCUACCUGAACGUCAGCAACGCCGAGCUCAAUACCUCAAAUUUAUCCUAUUUCACCACCGUGACCGUGGAGGUAUUAGAACCGACGGUGGAAGAAACCCCCAAACCCAAGCCGACCUCCCCCGCCUCGCCUUCCGUCUUCAAACCCGUCUUCAUCUCCACGCCUACCGUGCUGUUCCAGAACACGCAAACCCCAAGGCAGGUGUCGAUUCCCACUGCCAGAGUCCCUAGCGGGCCCGCCGCUACCCUGGACGAGGUGAUGAAAACCACCAAAAUCAUCAUCGGCUGUUUCGUCGCCGUGACCUUGUUGGCGGCGGCGAUGUUGAUAGCCUUCUACAAGUUGCGGAAGCGGCAUCAGCAGAGGAGCACAGUGGCCGCCGCCAGGACCAUAGAGAUCAUACAAAUGGAGGAGGAGAUUCCUCCGGUUCCGCCCACUUCUGGAUCUAGCGGCUCUGAGGAGACGGGGUUGGUAUUGCCUACCUUAGUGGAACACAACAGCAACACCUUUAAGCCUGGCUAUGUGUCAUCGUCUCGGCAAGGGGCCUACGCUGCCCACUGGACCCAGAACAAUACGCUGCACCGUUCAACCAGACAGCAUCACAGUAACAUCAGCACCAUCGCGGAUCCUUAUAUCAUUAAGACUACUCACGGAAAAGAGAAGGUUCAAGAGACCCAAAUCUAAACCAUGUUCCCCGUGGAUUUCUCUCUGACUCGCCCCAAAACCUUUUGUCCACGUCGUAGAAUGCACAAAAAAAAAAAUGGUACCUUUCUUUUGUACAGAAGUGAACCGCAAAGACACUUCUUGUUUCUUGUACAUGCCUAUACAUAAGUAUAUCACGGAAAAAGAUUACAAAUCUAUAUAUCUAUAUGCGUACGUACGUCUAUCAGGCAGAGGUAAGAUUCUAUUAGAAAAGAAAGAAAUUUGACACUAUUUUCUAAGAACAGGUUUACUUUUAGUGAACAAAGGAGGCUUCUGGACCACAUUUAGGAUGCAGUAAGAGAUGAUUCAUUUCUGUCUGGUUUCUGAUCACAGCCCCCACAGAUGUAAUCUCUACUUAAACCAUGCCAAAUACGAUAUGGCAGGGGUGUCAAACUUGCGGCCCGCGGGCCAGAUUUAGCCCUUCGCGUCAUUUUGUGUGGCCUGUGAAAACAAAUCACGUGCAUUGACGCCAACCCAUAGGUCUUGGGUCCGAUUCCCUCACUCUGGUGACCAUAUGAGGUAGAGGCGUGCGAAAUUUCCGAUUCAUAGAUUUUUCGCGAUUCGGCCGUGGAAGAUUCGAGAACGAUUCAUAAACAUCCAAAUUCUGAUUAUUGAAUUAUACCAGGUAAAGCGGAAAUAAAACACAGUCUUUGGGACGCCGCGGUCUUCGGGACGCAAUGAGGAACUGACCGAGAGUAAAUAUCUUGUUCAACUCAUGCCGCUAAAACAAUCAUACCUGGUUGCGGCCGACAGCCGCUGCAAACAGCGACCGGUUGCUAGUUGCUACAAAGAUACGGCAACAUAUUGCUAUGGUAGAUAUCACAUAUUGUAGAACUAGAUGUGAAAUGACAGUAAUGACAGUGUUGGAACAUAUGCAAAGAACUAGAUGCGAAAUGACAGACUUGCCGCCAUCUUAAAGCAGUAGACCUCUCUAGAAGGCUCUGUUGUAGCGAACCUAAUUACUUUUUAUCUAAAAUAUCCCUAAAUCUGCAAAAUCUUGACUUUAAUCUAUCUUUAAAUGAUGAAACAGUUUUAAAACUUUGACAUGUCAGAAGUAGACGGAUGGGAAAUUAUGGAAUAACAGGAACAAUUUUAACAACUUUGAUUCACAACAUUAAAUUAAUUGAACGUAGUUUAAAGCUUUUGAUACAGAAUGGGGACUUGAGUAUUUUAUUUACUGUUUUUAACUGUUAACUUGAUACUAAAAUAGUUUGGUUUCGCCUGAGGGGAUUUUUGAACAAUUUUGGAACUAGUGUACAAAACAUUAAAAGUGUGGUGGGGUGUAAUCGGAUUUAUAAUCGAAUCGGAGCCUCUGAAUCGUAAUCGUAAUCGUUAGGUGCUCAAAGAUUCCCAGCUCUAAUAUGAGGUGUCUUUGAGCAAGACAAUAAAACCCACAUGUUGCUUCUUAUGCUGCGUCAUUUGUAGGUAAAUGAGGAAAUAGUGUCAAAAAGCUUAAAUGAAAGAAUUUAUGAAAAUAAUAAUUAUUAUAGAGAAUAUUUACAGUAUUUUCUUUGGGUUUUAAUUAAAGCAACACUCGGAAAUUUUUCAACAUUUAAAAAAAUAUUUUUGAUAACAUUUGUAGCGAUAUGUCGACUGAAAACUAGUUGAAUGACACCUCUUUUAUAUAUUGAGGGGGGUCUGUAUCGCUUACAUUGGCACGAAUUAACUCAUUCGCUCCCGGCCGUUUUACUGGAUUUUGACUGAUUUUGCAAGGCCCACAGAUAUUUCUGUUCUAUUGCUAUAUAAACAUGGAACCCACCAAAAGAAAGAUUAGACUCUUCUUUCAGCAGAAAUAAAAAGUUAUUUCAUAUCUUUUUCCAUUCUUUAGAAAUCAGCUUUAGAAAAUAGCUAAGUUUGAGCAAUUUUCCAAUUUCUGAUGAAAAAAACAGAAAUAGAGCUUUUUGAAAAAGCAUACAUUUCAAACAUAACUUUGACUUUAACACAGCUAUUUUUCUCUUUUGUGACAUCCCAAACAUCUGAAUAAUGUUUUCGUUCUACAAAAUAACAUAAACAACAAGACAAAUAGAGCUUUUGAUUGCAAAGUAACAAUUUAUUUACACAUAACUAAACUAUUGAACUGUUGAACUAUUUGCACACAUAACAACGGGGAAGGCUCUCGGCUGCUCCCGGUUGAAUGAGGUGGCUCCCAGUAAUCUGAUGAGUCCGGAUCAAGAUCGGUCUCACUUUUUUCAUCAUCUUCAUCGUUUGUUUGAACCAGGAGUAGCGCAACUUGAGCUCCGCAGAACGUGUGUGGAACCUGACGCUGUUGUGGCCGUCACUGUCUAUCUCAUGAAGAUAGAUUUUUUUUAAUCCUUCUUUGACGAUGGUUUCGUUUUCUUUUCAAAACAUUCCUCGGGAGUCGUUUGCCUUUUUUCCCAAUCGUUCUCCACAUUUUUCUCAAAUUUUCACGCGUCUUCACAAUAUCCCUCCAACUUCCAUUUCUUGACUAUUUUUCUUCACUUCCUUUCUUGGCCCGAGUUGAGUUUUUACAAAAUGCGCUACUGCCCUCCAGUGGCCAGUUUUUUGCUUUAAAAUUAGUUUAGAGCAUUGUGCAUUGCAGUUUAGGUGCAACAGAACCUAGAGAUGCCUCUUGUCAGAAAAAACGUAAAAGACGUAUAAAUACGUUUUUGGGACACUGAAACAAUUAAAAAUAGAACGUAUUUAUACGUUUUUGGGAGCAAAUGAGUUAACGUUGAGGACGAUGGUGGGGGAAUAUAGAACAAAAUCUAACAUUUUCUUAUUUUCAACAUCCUCAUAUGCUAUUGUUUAGCCACAGCUGGAGUCAUUACCUCAUGACGAUUCAUCCUUCGCAAAUCCACUGGAAACAGAAAUGGCGUUCAAUCCAUCUUCAGUCGACUGGGAGAUCAGGAUUUUACGACAAAGGCAAAACACUACCACUUUUAUCCACCUGCUUCGCUAAAAUUGACCAAAACUGAAAAGUUACCUAAUGUUACUUUAAAUUCAGAAAUGAAAAAAGAUAAUUUUUACUAUUUUUUUAAAAAUGUAUUUGAUUAAAAAUUUAGACUACAUAAAAGAUCAUGUGCUUUGACAUUCAUGCCUUUCUCUAAAAUAAUAAUGGUGUUAAAUUUCUACAGAAAUCAGAGAAUAGUUACCAUUUUGUUUGUUUUUAAAAGAAUACAUAAAAAUAAAAAAUUUAAAAUAACAAUAAAAAUCCAAAAUACUCGAAAAAUUCUAAUUAUUCUAAAAUUAAAAAUUACAAAUAAAUAAAUUAUAUAACUAUAAAUUAGAAUAAUAUGAAGUAUAAAAAUGAAUGUAAUAAAUAAUAAUUAUAAUCAUAUAAAAAUAUAUAAUAAAAAUACAAAUGAAUAUACAGUAUAAGUUAAUAUUUAUUUCUUUCCUUAUUUUUCUAGUUAAAAGAACAAAUAUUUUAAAAUGAUACCGUAAUUUUCGAACUAUAAGCCGUCACCCACCAAAUUACAUAUUAACCUAUAACACUUUAUUUGACAGUGGCAUCAUACGACUGUCAUAAGACCAAAUGAACCAAUUGGCUGCAAAGCUUUAUUGCUUCAAGAAGCCUCAUUUGACCAUCUCUGCUCCCUUGUGGGAGACAGUAAAACUCCCCUGCCACCUGCUGUCAACGCUGUUGUCGUCUAACAUGCUUCCUAGCAUGCGUUGUAGCGCUAAAGUUGUAAAAACAAUAUACGUUCAUGUUCUGUGCUAAUUAUUUCUUCAGUUACUGUUCCAGUUGUUCCAAUUUAUUGCUAGUUAUUAAUUAUUAUUAUAUUAUUAUUUCUACUAAUGGUAUUUGGUAACACUUGAUUUAACAGAGGCGCCAUAAGAGUAUCAUAGGACCAUCAUAAUUAUGACAUGACACUGCCAUGAGCAUGAUCUCACUUUUGAAUGGAUGUAAAAGAUCCAAGCUGGACAUACAGUGGUAUGUAAAGUAUCUGAACCUUUUGGGAUUUCUGCAUAAAAUCAACAUCAAAUGUGAUCUUUGUCAAAAGCACACAGAUGAAAAAACAGUGUUUGCUUUAAGUAAAACCACCCAAACAUUUACAGGUUUUCGUAUUUUAAUGAGGAUAGUAUGCAAACAAUGACAGAAGGGGUAAGAAUAAAUAAGUUAACCAUCACAUUUAAUAUUUUGUGGCCCCCCCUUUGUCAACAAUAACUUCAACCAGAGGCUUCCUGUAGCUGCAGAUCAGUCUGGCACAUCGAUCAGGACUAAUCUUGGUCCAUUCUUCUCUACAUUUCAGUCAGAUUCCUGGGAUGUCUGGCAUGAAUCGCUGUCUUUAGGUCAUGCCACAGCAUCUCAAUGGGGUUCAAGUCUGGACUUUGACUUGGCCACUCCAGAACGUGUAAUUUUUUCUUCUGAAACCAUUCUGAAGUUGAUUUACUUCUGUGUUUUGGAUCAUUGUCUUGUUGCAGCAUCCAUCCUUUUUUUAACUUCAACUGUCUAACAGACGGCCUCAGGUUUUCCAGCAAAAUAUCCUGAUAAACCUUUGAAUUCAUUUUUACAUUAAUGAUUGCCAGUUGUCCAGGCCCUGGGGCAGCAAAACAGAGAUAUUGGACUGUGCCAGUGAUUUCUGUAAGUCUUUAGCAGACACUCUAGGGUUCUUUUUUACCUCUGCGCUAAACUCUUGGCAUCAUCUUUGGUGGACGGCCACUCCUCAGGAGAGAAGCAAUAGUACCGAAUUCGCUCCAUUUGUAGACAACUUAUCUGAUGAACAUUCAGACUUUUAGAGAUGUUUUUGUAUCCUUUCCCAGCUUUAUACAAAUCAACAAUCCUUGAUCGCAGGUCUUCAGACAACUCGUUUGACCAAGCAAUGAUGCACAUCAGACACAUCAAAACAAUUCUUACCAGGUGUGUGUUUUAUAGUAAGCAGGGAAACUUUAAACCACUCAUUAGUAUGGAUGGGAAUCGAAAUCCAAUUCCGGUUCCUAGUGUUUCGAGGCCUCGACAUCACAAUGAAAAAGCCUUAACGAUCCCUUUAACGAUUCCUAAAGACGCAUAUUGCGUCGUGACGUGUCUUGUUGUCCAGACGCAUCAAACUAGCAUGGCGCCAAGAACCACUCGCUCCAAAGUUUGGCUACACUUCACCAGGAAAGGGUGAAAAUAAAAGGUUACGAUGGUUUAGCGUGAGCAUUGCAGCCGUAAACAAUGACAGCACGUAGGUUCAAACGCUCAAAAGUGUGUCUUCACUUCACGAGAAAAAAUUAUAACAAAGCAACUUGCAGUCAUUGCAAGGUGGCGAUAACUGCAUCGGGAGGGAAUACGACUGCAAUGUCCUCACCGAGACGCUAAGGCUCAGUCCUGGCUAUACAGCUAGCUAAACUCCCAAAUGACGAUACAGAAGACGUUGGUAUAAUUUGCUGACUUUAUUCAACCAUCACUUGAAGAGUGAAACUAAAAAUAGAAAUUAAACAAAUCAAUUUCGUCCCCAACAACAAACAGGUUUGCAUCAACGUAAAUCAGCUAUGAUUAGCUGCUAAUACAUUAAUAACACAAACUGUUAGCAUGCGUUCGCUAGCAUUAGCACAUCGUUCAAACCACUAAACAACUGGAUUUAAGUGUCCGAUCGCGAGGGGAAACACACAACAACAACACAAAAGAUGAUACAUACAGGCGUUGCCUCUGUCGAUAUUUGACAAAUAUUAACAAAGAACGUAGGCUCGUAGCAGUGUUUCCCUCUCUCACUAACUCGCUCACUCGCUUGGAUGCGGCACUUUUUCGCGUGUAGGCGCGCUAUUCUUCACGUGAGGCAGCGCAAGGGCGCCCCCACUUGAGCGUGAAAGCACCAUAAAAACUAAAAGGCAUGCAUUUCAAUAUAAUGGUAAAUAAUACACUUUAACUCAGGGGGCCCAAACUAGGGCCCGCGAGCCAGAUACGGCCCGCAUCCACAUUUGGUUCGGCCCCCUGAACAAUACCAGAGAGCAUUUUGAUUUUUUUUUUUUUUUUUUCAAUAGUGUUAUUUAUUUCCUGGCCUUUUUCUGUGAAGACCUCAGAGAGCCUUAUUUGGUUAUUAUCUAUUUAAUUAAUAAUGUUAUUAUUAUAUUAUAUUAUCAUUUUUAUUUUAUUUACUUUUGUUCAGUGAAGAAUCCAGAAAGGGUUAUUUGAUUGUGGCCUUCUGAAAAACUAUAAUUUUUACAUUUAGGCACUCCUGCAAUCGUCACACUUUUUCUGUUACAACAGAGAAGGGAAAAGUUAUGUAGCCUUCACAGGAAAAAAUUUGGGGACCCCUGUAACACAUAUUGCCAAAGGCAGAACAACGACCUAUAUGCCAAUAUAUACAAAUAUUUUUUAAUUUCUAUUAGAAAAAUGUUUCAGUAAAAUGUUACACUUUCUUGGCAUUUGCCACUUAUUGCCACAGUUACCAUUGAGGCUUUGGGCCUCUUGUGAGUUUGUAAGGUUAUGACUUCUGAUUAAACAAACUCCAAGCCAAUCAAAACGUUUGUUCUUCUUUUUCCCCAAAUUAGAAUCGAUAAGAGAAUCGAUAAAGAAUCGAAUCGUUAAGCAAAAUCGAUAAUGGAAACGGAAUCGUAAAAUCGUAUCAAUUCCUCUCCCUACUCAUUAGAGAUUGGGCACACACCUGACUUAUAUUGUUUGGUAAAAAUUUGUUUCAAUUGCUCUUUAAGUCUCCAUAGGCAGAGGGUUCACUUAUCCCCCCCCCCCCCUGUCAUUGUUUGCAUGCUAUCCUCAUUAAAAUAAAACAUAAUACAUAAAUGUUAGGGUGGUAAUAGUUAAAGCAGAAGCUGUUUUUACCUCUGUGUGAUUUUGACAAAGAUCACAUUUGAUGGUAAUUUUUUGCAGAAAUGUGAGAAAUUCCAAAAGGUUCAGAUACUUUUUCAUACCACUACAUAUGAAGUUAGUGACAAGAUUUGCCAGAUGACACUUAAUCUGUUAUAAACAUUCAUUAAUGCCCAUGAUAGUGUUAUGCCAUAAUUAUGACGGCCUUAUGGCAGUGUUAUGACGCCACUGUCAAAUAAAGUGUUGCCUAUUCACCUAAAUAAAUCAAAAAAUAGUACGAAAACUACGGUAAAUUUAAAACAAAAAGAGUAUACUUAAAAACAAAAAGAGUAUACUUAACCGUUUCCCUGCCUUUUUUUUUUUGCGGAAAUAAUAAAUUGUUUAUUUUAGGCGUAUAAAAAACAGUUUUGAGGUUCACACUGUCUCCAAACUAAUCUAUAAGUCAAACAGAUUGGACGUUUGACUUAAAUAUACACAUGUGUUGGCAAACAUCAUAACCACAACCAUAACUGCACGAGUUUGACACCCCUGCAAUAUGCGAUAAAAAGGAGAAAAAGGACACUGAAGCAAAAUGUCUCUCCAUUUGAGAAUAUUUGUGUACGGAUAAGCAGAGCGAUGGCACAGAUCGAGUGUGUGUUGUUCAGUAGCCAACAGACAAACGCUUUUGGACUGCGGUCCGUUUUCUGCGGCUCAGACUUAACCCCGUGUUUGCUGAUGACACGCUUUGACGUUUUUUUUUUGUUUGUUUGUUUCAAACCUAAAACAUGUUAAUUCCGUGUGGGCAUCAAAUGAUCAUAACGUGCAGACCGAUAGCUUAGUUUUGUUCUGGGUUGCAUUCUGUUGUGUUGUUUCUGUCCCCUUCUAGGUUUUCGCUUCUUAAUGGCUUGUGUAGUGUUUAGGGCUAAUUUAGUGAUGCAUUACAGCAGUUGCCUGACUUGUCUCUGCAAGGGCUCAUUUUAAAGCUUUUUAUUUUUAUUUUUUUUUCAGAGGAACUGACAGGCAGCGCUAUGACGGAGUAUUUGGUCCAUACAAAGAAAGAGAAAUCGGACGACGAGAUAAAGUUGUAAUAAAACGAGAAAAUAAAGCGAUACAUAGGUCAGGAAAUCGUGCUAAUUGUUGUGAAUUGGAGAUUAUCACUAGUAGACGCCCAAUCCGUUUGAAGUGGGAGGGUGGCAGCGAAUGAACGUUCGUUCAUUUGCUGCCAUCCCUCCCACUUCAAACGGAUUGGACGUCUAUGGGGGUCAAUGGAAGCCGAUGAGUUAAUUUUGGGGCAUUUGCUGUUGAUUUUUUGGUCAAUUCCAGUUUAUUUUGAGGCAUUUCUGAGUUAUUCCCCGUUGAUUUGGGGUUACAGAACAGGAAAUUACCCAGAAAUCACCCCGACUGAAUAGGCAGGGACACAAAAUCAAAAGGAACUGACUUGUAAAUAGGGCUGCAGCUAUCGAUUAUUUUAGUCGUCGAUUAAUCGAACUAGUUAGUUCCAAUAAUCGAGCAAUUGGAUAAGGAACAUAAAAAAUUCAAAUACCUGAGCUGAGCCUCAAACGGUAUUAAAAAAAAAAUAAAAAAUGAGAAUCUAUGUACAACAAAAGAAGAAUUGGCUAACUUACAUAGCAAAAGUCUGCGAGCUUAAAUGCGAGAAAACGCAAAAGUUUUAUUUAUUUAUAUAUAUUUUUUUUACAAUGCUCUUAACAAAUGGUUCAGACAGAAUUUAAGAAUACAUUAAAAAAAAAAAAUUCGCUCAAACAAAAUUUUAGCUUAUGUUGUUCUUAACAGGGAGCAACUGGAUACAGCCACGUGAAAUGAGGCAGACUAUAAGGCAGGUUAUUUUGAGGUCUGGAUCAUUCCCCAUUGAUUUUGGGUUACAGAACAGGAAAUGAUGAAUAGGCAGCGACACAAACUCAAUAGGAACUGACUUUUAAAUAGGGCUAGCAGUCGACUAAUCGAUGAACUAGUUAGUUUGAAUAAUCGAGUAAUCAGAUAAGCAACAUAAACAAAUUCAAAUACCUGAGCUGAGCCUCAAACGGUAUUAAAAAAAAUAAAAAAUGAGAAUCUAUGUACAACAAAAGAAGAAUUGGCUAACUUACAUAGCAAAAGUCUGCUAGCUUAAAUGCUAUAAAACGCAAUUAUUUUUUAUUUUAUUUUUAUUUUUUUUUACAAUGCUCUUAACAAAUGGUUCAGACAGAAUUUAAGAAUACAUUAAAGAAAAAAAAAUUAGCUCAAACAAAAUUUUAGCUUAUGUUGGUCUUAACAGGGAGCAGCUGGAUUCAGCCACGUGAAAUGUAAAUGUGGCAGACUAUAAGGCAGGUUAUUUUGAAGUCUGGGUCAUUCCCCAUUGAUUUUGCGUUACAAAACAGGAAAUGAUGAAUAGGCAGGGACACAAGCUCAACAGAAACUGACUUGUAAAUAGGGCUAGCUGUCGAUUAAUCGAUGAACUCGUUAGUUUGAAUAAUCAUGUAAUCAGAUAAGCAACAUAAAAAAAUUAAAAUACCUGAGCUGAGCCUCAAACAGUAUAAAACUUUUUAAAAAUUAGGAUGUACAACAAAAGAGCAAUUGGCUAACUUAAAUAGCAAAAGUCUGCUAGCUUAAAUGCUAUAAAAUGCUAACUUUUUAUUAAACGUUUUUUUUACACUGCUCUUAACAAAUGGUUUGGACACAUAAUCCCACAAAAAACGGCUAAAUAUAUUUUACGAAUGCAUUAAAAGAAACAUUAGCUCAAACAAAAUUUUAGCUUAUGUUGGUCUUAACAGGGAGCAGCUGGAUUCAGCCACAUGAAAUGAGGCACACUAUAAGGCAGGUUAUUUUGAGGUCUGGGUCAUUCCCCAUUGAUUUUGGGUUACAGAACAGGAAAUGAUGAAUAGGCAGGGACACAAACUCAACAGGAACUGACUUGUAAAUAGGGCUAACAGUCGAUUAAUCGAUGAACUAGUUAGUUUGAAUAAUCGAGUAAUCAGAUAAGCAACAUAAAAAAAUUAAAAUACUUGAGUUGAGCCUCAAAUAUAUUUAAAAAAAAAAAUGAGGAUGUACAACAAAAGAGCAAUUGGCUAACUUAAAUAGCAAGAGUCUGCUAGCUUAAAUGCUAUAAAACGCUAACUUUUUAUUUUUAUUUUUUUUUUUUACAACGCUCUUAACAAAUGGCUUGGACACAUAUAUCCACAAAAAACGGCUAAAUAUACUUUACGAAUGCAUUAAAGGAAACAUUAGCUCAAACAAAAAUAUAGCUUAUGUUGGUCUUAACAGGGAGCAGCUGGAUUCAGCCACGUGAAAUGAGGCAGACUAUAAGGCAGUGUAUCCACCCAAAUCAAUAAAACUAAAUGCAAACGCUUUCAAAACAAACCAUUACCACGCCACUUUAAAAAAACGAAUACUCGAAGCAGCAAAAUUUAAUUCAAAUCUUUUUUCGUAUCAAAUACUCAAGUUAAAUUUCAAUUUAAAUCGAGUUGAAUUUCCACGUAAGUCGGAAAUAACCCCAUUAAAAUGACAACUAUCCAAGUCCAAAAGUAUUUUAUUUUGUUUAUUUAAGAAGUGUACACUGCCCUUUUGGUGGCAGUGUUGGGUGUGGCUAGACUGUCACCUUGGUUUCUAUUACUUAGUUGGUGAAUCGUCUGGCAUGGGUACAGGACAGUUGCGUUCGGGUUUGGCCCACAUGAGGCUGUAAGUUGUUUCAGCUAAUAUAUGUUUGUGUAUGCAUUUGAAAUUAAGUUUAGAGCUACAGUUUGUGGAGUUAUGUGUAAGCCAUUUGCUAUGGAAAUUGUAAAUGAGUUAGCAUUCGUAGCAUUUAAGCUACCGGACUUUUGCUAAUAUAUUAUACAUAUAUAUAUAUUUAUAGCAGUUAGACUUGAAAAGCUUAGAAUUAUCAGACCAAGGGACUUUAGCAAUGUCUUUAACCACAUCAGAUCCGACCAUCUCGCUGACAAUGGCUUUGCAGGCAGGUAGUGUUAAUACCUCUGCCACCGUGUGGGACUUUUUGGAUUUAGCAACAAGUUCAUUAACAAGGUAACUGGCUUUGAGGGCUUCCUUAUUUACCUUUGUACCGUAUUGGCCCGAAUAUAGGACAGCCCUAAUUACAGUAUAGGACGACCCCCCUCUUUUUCAAGUUUGAAAAAAGACUUUUUGAACACCAUAUUAUCAUAUAUUUGAGAGAAAAAGCAUGUUAUUUUGCCUCAUUCAAAUCUUAAUAUCUGAAACGUAUGAAGAAAACAUCCUUCAUAUGUCGUAAUGUCUCGAGUCCUUUCUACAAGUUCCAUAUCAGCAGUGCUUGAUCGGCAUGUUCGUUUUUGAAAGAUUACCGGAGAAAAAUAGCAGAAGUAUAAUGGUUUGAAUGCGAGGGUGUGUCUAUAAUGUCCUACUUCGGCUUUACAAUGCGAUCUCGCGGUCUAAAAAUAGAUUUCGUGCGGUACGCUAUUGAGCGUUGAUAAAAUGGCCGGUAUAUUGAAGUGAUCUGUCAUAUCUGCAAGUGAAGUAUCGUAUUGGCCCGAAUAUAAGACGGCCCUGAUUAUGAGACGACCCCCUCUUUUUCAAGACUCAAGUUUGAAAAAAGACUUUUUGAACACCAAAUUAUUUUGUAUACAGAAAAUAAUUACAGUAUAUCCGAAACAACUGAUUAUAAUAAUAUAUUUGAGAGAAAAAGCAUGUUAUUUUGCCUCAUUCAAAUCUUAAUAUUUGAACAUUUAAAUAUGUAAACUAAAGUGCAAUCACAUUCGUAAAUGAAUAGCUUCUGGUUUUUGAAAUGUAAAUAAACCAAUCUAUUGUAAUAAAACAACAAAAUUGCAAUAACUGCAUUAACCAUCAAAGUGAAGUCUAACCGUAACUGUAGUCUUGAAACAAAUCUGAAUAAGGAAAAACAUUGCAAUAAAAUAAUGCAAACUAGUUAAACUUGAGAGUAGCUGAGAUUUGUCAUGACAGAACAUCGCUUCAAUGAUAUCUGGCGCCAUCUAGCGUCGUGAAUGGGUAUAAUGUGGAUAUAAGACGACCCCCUCUUUUUCAGUGUUAUUUCAAUGCAAGAAACACCGUCUUAUAUUCGGGCCAAUACGGUAGUUUUUCUCAAAAAAGUUGCCUGUUUCUCUGUGUUUUCAUGAAGGCAAACAAAAUAGUCCAUCGACAUGUUUUGAAGCAACGCUUGUUUCGCUGGGAGAGGACUUAGCUGCUCAUAUUGUGUUCAAGAACUGCUCGGAUUUCUAGCCAUCAGCCACCUUGCUGUCCUCGAAAAUGUGUUGGAAUAAAGCACGGGGAGGAUUAACGUCCGUCACAUAUGGAUAAAAUGGAAAGGACACUUUGGUAACACUUUACAAUAAUGGUCCCUUAAUUACCAUUAGUCAAUGCAUUUUUAGACAGUAAUUCAUGUUUAAGUAACAUGACAAUAAUUAUUUUAAUCCCUUAUCUAACAUUUAUCAAUAUAUUAAUUAACAUGAGUUAAUGCAUUAGUUAAUGCAUUUUAAGACAAUAAUGUUUAAGUAACAUUACAAUAAUUAAUAAUAUAAUUGCUUAUCUAACAUUUAUUAAUAUAUUAAUUAACAUGAGUUAAUGCAUUAGUUAAUGCAUAACCAGACAGUAACUAAUGGUUGGGUAAAAUUAAAAAAAAAUAUAUAUAUAUAUAUAGGCCUAUAUAGGGUAAGGGUUUAGGGUUGGGGUUUGUUAAGUUAAGCAUUUAUAAUUUCUUAGUUAAGGGACACAUGCACUACACUUUACAAUAAGGGUCCAAAAAAGCAUUUAGUAAUGGUUAAUAAAGGUUAAGGGGGGUAACUUAAGCAUUUAUAAUUUCUUAGUUAAGGGACACAUGUGCUACACUUUACAAUCAUGGUCCAAAAAGUAUUCAGUAAUGUUAAUAAAGGUUAAGAGGGGGGAACUUAAGCAUUUAUAAUUUCUGAGUUAAUGGAUACAUGUGCUAUACUUUACAAUAAGGGUCCAAAAAACAUUCAGUAAUGGUUAAUUAAGGUUAAGUAAUACUUAACUAAGAAAUUAUAAAUGCUAAAUUAACAAACCCUAAUCCUAAACCCUAACCCUAUAUAGGCCUAUAUAUUUUUUUAAUUUUACCAAACCAUUAGUUACUGUCUGGUUAUGCAUUAACUAAUGCUUUACCUAAUGCAUUAGCUAAUGCAUUAACUCGUGUUAAUUAAUAUAUUAAUAAAUGUUAGCUAAGCAAUUAUAUUAAUUAUUGUAAUGUUACUUAAACAUUAGUUAUAAGGGACCCUUAUUGUAAAGUGUUACCGACACUUUCGUGCAUAUCGACACUUGACCAGUCUAAUCAAAUGAUGUAUGGUAGACGUGCUGGGGUCUAGAUUGUCGCGGACAGCAAGGUGGCUGACGGCUAGAAAACAAGCAGUUCUUGAACGGGAUACGAGCAAUACCUCGCUCAUCUGCACACGACCGAUAACUUUCUACCUAUUCCGUCCUUCCAUAAGGUACUGUUCACGCUGCUUAAAAACAUGCUGCGGGGAUGGUGUGGCUCAGUGGUAGAGUAGUUGUCCCCCAACCCAGAGGUUGUGGGUUCAAUUCUCUGCCCUGAUGAACUCGCCUAAGUAUCCUUGAGCAAGAUACUGCUCCUGGUGCUGCGUCACCAGUAGGUAGAUGGGGAUGUAGUGUAAAGCGCCUUGAAAGGUGGAAAAGCGCUAUAUAAGUAUAACACCAUUAACACCAUUUAAAAAGAAAACAACUGGACACAAUGGCGGACGUUACUCUGGCUUUGUAAAGUCGAAAUCGCGUUAAGUCGAGUCCGUCGUACCCCUGGGGACUACCUGUAUUUCUUUGAUACCUCGAAAUACUUCCAAACCGCGGACAUGUUGGCAUUUAACCAGUAGUGUCGCUUCUCGCUGUAUUUUGAUUACAUCAUCACAAGAGGACUGCGGUUCUUCACACUUUUCGAUGGUAAACUUUCGCUCUUUUAACUGAAAAUUAGGGUUGUUCCGAUCAUGUUUUUUUGCUCCUGAUCUGAUCCCGAUCAUUUUAGUUUGAGUAUCUGCCGGUCCCGAUAUUUCCCGAUCCGAUUGCUUUUUUUUGCUCCCGAUUCAAUUCCAAUCAUUCCCGAUAAUUUUUCCCGAUCGUAUACAUUUUGGCAAUGCAUUAAGAAAAAAAUGGAUAAAACUCAGACGAAUAUAUACAUUCAACAUACAGUACAUAAGUACUGUAUUUGUUUAUUAUGACAAUAAAUCCUCAAGAUGGCUUUUACAUUAUUAACAUUCUUUCUGUGAGAGGGAUCCACAGAUAGAAAGACUUGUAAUUCUUAAAGGACAAAUGUGACUAAAUAUUGCCAUGUAGUAUAUUUGUUGAGCUUUCAGUAAAUGAUACUGUAGCCAUGCCCAAAUGCAUGAUGGGAAGUGCAACCAUGACUGUGCGUAGUGCUACCAAUUGAUAUAUCUUCUCUGCGUUGGGAAAUAACCUAGGGUGUUGAGUAAAAGAUCAAUUACUACCUUGCUUCCCCACAUUGCUUCCCACGAUAUUUCUAAUCGUAGGAAGAGGAAUUGUAAGGCUUUAGCCAAUUAAAACAAGGCUCCAAAGGCUUCCAAAAUUCACUCUACUCAUUUUACGCUGCCUUUUAGCUCUCUAUAUAGGUAAAACGGCGCCAUUACAGAUUGAGCGCGGCAAUGCGUGAGUGGGUCGUGCAGCGCAUGCAUAAAUUGCGUUAAAUAAUUGAACGUGAUACAUUAAAGAAAAAAAAUUAAUAACCGCCAUUAUCGGGAUGAAUUUGAUAACCCUACCUUAAGCUAAAACUAAAGACUCUGGAUGAGUGUAACAUAUUAUGUCUGUUACGUUAAAUACAAUUAGAAAAUGAUUUAAUUAAAAAAUAUAUAUAUAUUAUUUAAAAAGGCAUGUCCGAUAUUUUUUUGCCAAUUCCGAUACUUUGAAAAUGACAUGAUCGGACUCGAUCGAUCGGGACAUCUCUACCGAAAAUGCAAUUUCAGCUAUUUUCAACCGAAAGUUUUCGGCGCCAUUUUUUUGGUCACAUGUCUAAAAAUUACGAAAUAUUACGACAUUUUCGCGUAUUUUUAUGUGAAGUUACGUAACAUUACGACUUAAAUCUUGUAAUAUUACGAAGUACAACUUUAUUCUCGUACUGAUAUGACAUUAUUGUUAUACCCUGUUUUGUUCUUUUUCAUUGUGUGGCCCGAAUACUCGGUCGUAAGGUGCAAUGAAACAGGGCUCUACGGACUAUUCUGGUUUUGGGAAUGAUUAAAACAAAAAAAAAAUGGAUUGAUGUUUAACACAAUGAAUGUCUGUCUGAUAUCCGGGGCUUUUUCCAUGGACUACAUUGACUUUGUUUUACCGGUUUAUUUUGAGGAACACUAUUUUUAUGGAGAGACAAACAAAGGCCAUGAAAAAAAAAACAAUAAAACCUUUUGGUUUGUAUUUCUUUAAAUGGAAACACAUUCAUCCCAGGUCUUUUGUGUGUGUGAUUUGUACAAUCGUAAAGAAAAAAAGGGCAUCAGAUUGUAAAUCUAAGCCCAAACUCACCGUUUUACGCUCCUAUGCAUU